AUGCCCGGCGCAUUCGUUGCAAUGCAUAUGACUCUCAACCAUGUUCGAAUUGCGCCGCUGCACAAGGACAACGACAGAUAUAUACGGCCACGGACCAAGAGCACACAGGCUCGUUCGGUGGGCUUCCGUCUUCAGCCAGAUCAUGAUGCUUCGAAAGCCGCCACGACCGCUCAGAGCGUGCAACCUCCGAUUCCUCAACGACUGCCAGAUUCCACAUUCGACUUCAACAAGUCAGUUGAUGGAGUAUCGUUGAGGAUCGAGCCACUCGAUUUUGGCUCCGAUGCCGCGCCUUCACAACCAUUGGCAGGAAAUGAAGGCCCUUCUAAAGAAGGCUCCGAGAACCUCUACGCACGGCUGAGUGAGCAGUGCCUGUCGCCUCCGGAAACCCGCCACAUCCAAGGAUUUCAAAGCAUAUAUCUGGGAGAAUCGUGGCUUUUGACAUACGUUGUUCAAAAGGUGAUAAAUGCAGACGCAGCAUCCGAUAUCAGUGGCAGCUCUCCGUCUUCCCUCCAGGUCCCCCUGCCAGCGACCGUCGGCGAUAAGCCUGACAAUUUCGGCUACGACACCAGACUGGAUGCGGAGGAGAUGGAAGUCCUCAAUAUCAGAGGAGCCUUCGUGCUGCCCGAGCGACGAGUUUCCGACAAGCUGAUCCAGACCUUCUUCGAAUGCGUCUAUCCGGCAUUUCCCAUCUUCGAUCGAGAGCAUUUUGCACAGCUAUACGAGUCGAAUCAGUUGUCACUUCUCAUAUUGCACUCCAUCUACGCGGUUUCGAGCACGAUGUGCGAGGAAGAUGUGAUUGCCGAAUCCGGAUUUGAGAGCCGAAACGCAGCUCGCAAAGUCUUCCUCAAACGUGCCAAAGCUCUUCAUGACGCAGAUUACGAAACCAACAAGGUGACACUGGUUCAGGCUACCUUCCUCCUAAGUUUCUUGUGGAAGGGUGCCACGGACGAAAAGGAUAUGUUCUAUUGGCUUUCGAUAGCUAUCGGCAACGCCCAAGGCAAAGGAAUGCACAGAACAACCAAAGAUUCUACAUUGACGCCUCGAGACCGCAGGCUGUGGAAACGAAUUUGGUGGUCGCUCUACGUCCGAGACCGCCACUGUUCUGGCAACAUUGGCCGCCCCAUGCGCAUUCGAGAUGAUGAUAACGACGUCGAACCCCUCGAUGAGUCGGAUUUUGAAGAUGAUAUUGCGCAGAACCCAACACUCUCAACACUUUAUGGACGGAGUAGCAGGGUCCAUAUCCUCUUCGCGAUCGCAAUGAGCAAGCUCUCAGUCAUUUGCCCAUCAAGACAGAGACUGAGCUGUGAAGAGCUCGGCUUUCAGUUACUGGAGUGGCGACAGCAGUUAUCCCCGGAACUGCAGGAUGGUGAUGGGGAAGAGGACGGUGGCUUCUGGCCCAAGAUGCUGGAUUUGAGUUACAAUCAUCACCUCAUCCUGCUACAUCGCCCUGAGAACAGCAAAAUCGUGGUCGACAAGAAACUGCUCCAGUCGCCAGCAUACACUGCCACGAGGAGGAUAACUGCCAUUGCUGAUGAUUUCCUCGCAUUGGGUCUGCUUCGUAAGUCGCAAUUGCAAAUAUGCCCAACUCUGUUCUCGGCGCUGACCAUGUAUGUGCUCAUGGCGCGAAGUCCGGACAGCAUGCAUCGAAAGCUUGCCGAACACAAGGCACGUCUUUUGCUACUCGCCUGUGCCGAGGUUGCAAAGACGUGGCCGGCGUGUGACUGGAUCAUGAAAUUGUUUGAAACGAUAUUCAAGAACAUGGAGAAGAGAAGUCAGACACAGGUCCCCCAACCGGCCCUGGGCGAUCCGUAUCAGAGUGGUUCGGGUCCGACCCAGCAAGCAACUACAAUCCGCGCCGGGCAGGGCAUCCACCGAGAGUCUCAGCACGAACAGGCCUCUCUGAACAAUUACCAAGAUCAAAGGGUAUCAAGUCCAUCGGCAAACAUGUUAGAUGCGGGAGUGCUCGCGGACAUGCCACUCCACCACCAGUUUCUCAAUGUGCCCGAAUUCUGCGAUCAAGAUCUUCUCAGCGUGCUGCCACUGGACUUUGGACUGCCUCACGAUGUCCUUCCUUACAUGAUGGAAAGUUAA